AUGAGUAUGCUGACAGUGGAGGAGUGUGAACUCCUGAGUGAUUCAAAGUAUCGCUCGUAUAUUUCUCAGGUAGAUAAAGCCCUGAAAAGUUUUGAGACAACCAGCGAAUGGGCUGAUCUUAUUUCUGCCCUUGGCAAACUAAAUAAGGUGCUGCUGUCUAACAUGCGAUAUGCAGUAAUUCCAAAACGGGUUACAAUAGGGAAACGCCUGGCGCAAUGUCUCCAUCCUAAUCUUCCAAGUGGUGUGCAUCUUAAGGCUCUGGAAACCUAUGAUAUCAUCUUCAAGAGCAUUGGUCCUUGCCGUCUCUCUCAGGACUUGUUUAUUUACACUGCUGGUCUUUUUCCGUUGAUGGGUCAUGCUGCUAUGAAUGUGAAACCUGUUCUUCUUGACCUUUACGAACGACAUUUUGUGCUGUUAGGGAAGCAUAUCAAGCCAGGCCUUAAUGGACUUCUCUUAGGUUUGUUGCCAGGGCUUGAAGAAGGAUCAGAGUUUUCUGGCAGAACAAAUGCCUUGUUAGAAGAAUUCAGUGAAGUGGCUGAACGUAGUUACUUUUACACAUGUGUCUGGGAGUGUAUCUAUUCUUUCCCUGCCAUCCGUCUUCAGGCCAUCACCUUUCUGCUUGCGCAUUACAAUAAAAGGCAGACAAUGGAAGAUCAACUGUACAUGAUGGGUCAUAACAUUGACCUCAUGGUGCAGUCUGCAUGUGCAGCAGUGCAGGACAGCAGUGUGCUUGUUCAGCGAAGCAUGCUUGAUUUUCUACUGGCUGCAUUCCCGAUGCACAAUGGCCAACUGACCAAGCGUGACAUGUUGAAAAUUGUAAAGGCAGCAAUUACUGUGAUAUUGCGCAGGGACAUGUCUCUUAACCGUCGCCUGUAUGCGUGGAUGUUAGGAACAGAUUGUAAUGGCCUACCUCUCAUUGGUGCAGUUGAGGCCCAACAAAGGCAUUCCAGUUCCCUAAGUAACAGCACAGAUAGUUCCAUGUCUGUUGAGUUGGACCAAUCUUACUUCCACAGUUUCUCCAAAGACCUCUUGGUUGCUGCUCUGAAAUCAAGACUGUAUGAAAGCUCUUGCAUUCCAGAUUACAGUGGGGAUGAACCAACGGGAAAGGCCUCUAUCCUUCAGCCAUUUCGCAUUCUCAUAAGCCUGCUCGACAAGCCAGAAAUAGGACCUGUCAUCUUGGAGAAUGUCCUCUGGGCAAUAUUCCGCAGUCUCUACAGGGAGUGCAAACUGGCUGAAAGCUUCCCCAGUUACACAGCAAAUUAUCAUUAUCCUAAAAGGGACUCUUCUCACAAAAGGCGGGAAUCCAUGUGUCAGCGGGAUGAGAAGAUUGUGAACGAAUUAUUAAAGACGGCAAAUUUAUUGUUCAAUGCAUUUGAGCCAUUUUUCAUCUGGGAUUUCAUUGGGCGAAUGUUUGAAACAGCUUGUCAAAAGCAGGACAAACGGGUGAUCAUUGACAGACAGUCAUCUCUUGAAAGCACCACAGACAUACCAGACUUUGUGGAAUUAUGUGAAUUGAGUAACUUUCUGUUGGAUAUUAUCUCUUUAGAAACCUACUUAGAAACACAGACAGAAUUUUUGCCAAAAUUGUUACGAAGAAUGAUAACCUCGUUGAUUGGUUUCAGUGAUAAACUCAGGAACAAUGAGAUUGUGUGCAGCUUGAAAUUGUGUGGCAAAAUCCUCACUCGUGCUCAGCCGUCCAUGACUGUGAUUGGUGUUGAUGAGCAGGGUAAGACUUCAGACAGCUCCAUUGCUGGCGACAUCAACAACAAAGAAGCUCCAGCAGAGGAUGAGAACCUCUCCGAUAGCUCUGGUAACAUGGACAAUACCACUAGUAGUGACAGUGGUAGUGAAUCCGACCCAAGUGCCUUAAACGAUUUUGAGACUCACUCUAGUCCACAACUCUUCCGAGGAGCAAGAGAUGCUGCCAGUCGUAACCAGAUCAUGGACAUGUCCAAACGCACACCAGCUGACACUCUUGAUCAUGUAGCUAACCUUAGAGCAUCAUUUUACAACAGAAUCAAGAAUUCUCCAAUCAAGUCUUCUGACAAAAUGGUGGGAGCUCCUUUGACUCUCAUGCAGGCUUGUGUCCAGUGCUUCCAGAACUUUUUUCACAUAUUUGUAUCGCACAAGGUAUUCAAUGAAGACAAUGGCAUUCGAACGUUCCUCGACUCAAUCACUGUGCCAUUGGACCUGAUACGGUGUUCAGACAAGGAUUCUGUGAUUGGGAGUUCCUCCUCUCUAUACAGUCAAGAUGAAACCCUGCGUAAGCAGAGCAUAGAAAAUGGACCUCCUUUGCGGAUUGCUAUUCAUCAACUGAGUUCAGAUUUUUGUGAAGCAUUCAUGUGGGCCUGCCGACUGCUUGUCGAGUUUGCCAGUUUCCCAGUAUACUGCACUGAUUAUCACAAAGUAUUAGAACAGUCUUUCCAGCAAGAGGAAGAUUCCGUGCUGCCACCAUGGCUACAGGAUCUGAUCAUAUGCAGUUGCUUUGUGGACAACUUUCAUAUCCAAGUGGCUGCUAUUUCUACCAUGUUGGAUUUGAUCAGCCUGACGCAGUCUGUGGAAUGUGAGUCCCGCAACAAGGACGAUGGUGACCGCAAGUCAUCCUCUGGCAAUGGUGGGGGCACAAUAUCAGUGGUUAUCCUGCCCGCACUCUUGCCCAGACACCUGAAGUACCUCAACAACAACACCCUUUUCUAUCAGAUGGUAGCACGGAAUUUAUGGAAUCAGCUGAGUGAAACAACUCCAAGCAACCAUCAGAGAAGUGUGGAGUUGUUUCAGCAGUUGCAUCAGGUGACUCCGAACAGCUGGGUGUGUGAGGAUGUUAUUGGUAGUGCUUUGAUUGGUGAUGGCCAGAGUAAACGUAUUGAAGCCUUCCGAAAAUUCACAACCCUUUGGCAUUUAACGAGAGACAAGAAAACUUCACGCGCUCCUGGCAUGCCUCUGAGGACUUUUGAUCGUUCUAUGUUUGCUGUAUUGGAUAGUCUUCGAGAAGAGACCAGUUCAGCGAAAACCUUGGCCAGCACCUGGCUUAUGCACACAAUUCAAAGAGGAGGAAUCUACAGAAUCCUAGAGCCAAUCCUGCUUAUACUUUUACACCCAGAUACUGCAAGGAUAUCUAUUCAGCAUGUAAAUAUUCACCAACCGAAAAAAGUGAAGUUAUCCGAUGUAGAUGAGGACAAAUCGGAUACAAAGAUUUAUGCCAUCAGCAGUGAAGGGGGUAAUAUCAUCUACCAUGUUAGCUCACAGGCCAAAAAUAUUUCCAAGAAGAAUGUGGAGGAGCUUAAAUCUUUUGCCCUGACUGUUAUGAAUGAGAAAGGCUCUGGGGUGAUGACAGCACCAACCAGAGCUCAGAUUGACAUGCCCUUUGAAAGAGUUAAUCCAGAGAAUCUAAAUCUCCGGAUUAACCCAUUUGGUGGGUCAGCAAAUUCGUUGGAUCGUUUGAUAUUUGAUGGAUUUGAGCUGCCACCCUCUGCUCAGAAUUUUGACCUGGGUAACAUUCGCCGACUGGACAAGGAGACGUGUGCAAAGGAGGGAAUUUACUUUGACGAGAAUGAGACUUCGGAAAGCACGGUGACAAUAGAUGACCAAAGCAGCGAGUCCAGCGAAGCCAUUGUUAAGGAGAUCCUCGAUGAGAUCAUCGAUAUGGUCACGAGGGAGCCACUGCUCUCGAGCAAGGAGAUUGAAAUCACGGAAGAUUUCUGUCUCCCUGAUGGAAAACCUGAUACCAAUUCCAAAGGCAGUAGUAUCCUCGGUGAUGAGGACCUUUUGAACGCUAUAGAUAAAAGUGGUUUGGAAAUAGACUCUCCAAUGGGCAGUGAGAUGGAUUUGUCAAAACCUUCCGUUGGUCAUGCUGGCAAAGAUAGCAGUGCUACUAACAGUAGUCAGGUCAGUCAGAACAUUGAACAAGAGGAUGAGACGACUGGCAUCCAUACAUUGCAUAUGCAUGUACUUCUUUAUGUACAGAAAUAUGACUGCCAACAGACAUUGUAUGCCUUGUCGACGUUGAAGUCCAUGCUCAUUACUUGCCCUCGUCUUAUGGUCACUGCCAUGGCAACGACCAGUAUCAGUACGAAUCGGUCACUACAAUUACCCAAAUUACAAAUGCUUCUUGCUCGUCACCGUAAGUCAGUGUUUGGAAAGAAUUUCUUUGGAGAGCUACCAUCGGAUGUUAUGUCCAACUACCGAACAAACAUGUAUCUGGAGAUUGUGAUCUCUCUCUGUCUGUAUUUCAUCCGCUCUUACUAUCCGAACCUAAUGAUGAGCAAGCUGUCUCUGGACGAGCUGCACGGCAACAAAGAGGUGCACAUACUGAGUGCGGAGAUCCUCAAGCACCUUGUGUCCGAGUUGAUCAAUAUCAUGAAGGAGAGUGGCAAGAGCUUUGUCUCCUACAUCAGCGACCUGCUGACCAAAUGCAAACUGCAAAAGGCUAUCCUGCACUCAGUUCUUGCCAGUGUCUACAAUGCUCGGCAAACCCCGAGCAACGUGCUGCAGCCCGUCAACUUCACCGAGACAAUCGUAUCGUUCAACGAGGACAGUCUGGAGGCAAGCGCCAACGAAACAUUUCAGAUUGAACUGUUGAAUCUGUUGCUGGUUAUGGUGAUGCUGGAGGGCCAGAUUCAGCGCAUCAAAGGUGCUACUAGCACAUCGACCACCGCAGUGGGUGGAGAUGGAACCAGUGCAGACAAUGUGCCCUCCUCGUCUGUAGAUGGCGAUCGAUCUAAAUCUAACAUCCACUCAUCUCUGCUGCGUGUGCGUUACAACUCUGGACUGCCAAUUGUUCAGCAGACUAUGUUCUUAUCUGCUGUGCUGAGUGCCUUAAAGCAAGUGCACAGAGCUCACAUGCACCGGCACUGGAUUUCCAUGAUUACUGCUGCCCUGCCCCAUAUGGGCAAGGCAUUGGCGUCUGUGGUCAUGGUGGUAGUUUCUCAGCUCUGUCGUAAUUUGGAAUCUGUCUCUCUUUUGUACACAGCCUCAAAGGAAGAAAGAAAUGGCCAGCUAAAAAGUCUUCCUCCUGACCACAUGUUGACCAUGCUGGAAGGCCUUACAACAAUUUGCCAUUAUUGUCUACUGGACAACACAUCGCCGGUAUCUAUUAAUCAACAUAAUACAGCUACACUGGGAACACCAUCGGCUUCGGAUUCUUACAGUGCAGGACAGAUCAUCACCAACCUCAUCCAUGUGUUCAAUCCAGUCAGUACUAGUCGGGAGACCAGCCCUCAGAGAGAUGCUGCGUCAUUGGCUCCACUUUUGGAAGCUCGCAGAGUCUUGCUCAGUAUUCUUCCUCGUAUCAUUGCUUGUAUGCUGACACUGUGGAAAGCAAUUGCCAAGUCUGAAGAAGAGACUGUCGGCAUCCAUCACAACUGGAUUAUUGGUGCCCCCAAGGUUGUACGUUCAUAUAUCUUGGAGUUUCUGAGUCCCAUUGCAGUUCCUCAUGGAGUCAAUCUUUUAGGGUCAGUGGCUGUAGCUUGGAAUGAUCGAAGAAAGAAAAUUCCUGGUUACCACAAAAAGGUGAUUCCAACUCCAUGUGAAGAUCAGCUGCUGCUUGUACAGUUAGUUGAUGCAAUUAGAGUAUUGCCCACAGACACCCUUGUGCAGACAGUGAAACAAGUCCUCAAGCAACCACCUCCUAAUGAUCUUGGUCGGGGCAAGAAGUCUGUUCCUCUUGAAGUGAAUAUGUUGCAGUUUUUCUAUGCAUAUGUACAGCAGACAUCUAUGCAACAAUUGCUGGAUUCAAAGCAAUCUUUGUUGGCUUUGCUAAAAGAAGGACUUACACUGAAUUUCACACCACCAGGAUUAUUUCUGCUCCUUGAAAUUUUGAAUGAAUUUGUUCAGAGGACACCAAGUAUGGAAGACAGGAAAAGCCAAAAAGAUAUCCAGGAUAUUGCUCAGAAGCUACUAGAAGCUGUCAGUACAGUAGCUGGUCUGUGUCUGGAACAAACCACAUGGCUACGAAGAAAUUUGGCUGUAAAACCAGGACCCCAAACUGAUAUUACUGAAACAGAGGAAGGGGAAAUUACUGAGGAUAGUGAUGUUGAACAUAUGUCUUUGGCUGAAAGGAAGGUACUGGAGCCUCAACUGCACACAAAUGCCGAUGUAAAAUAUUGUGUCCAAGCUCUGACUAUGUUAGCCGAGUUGACUGCACCAUUGUUGGAUGUUGUAUAUGGCAGUGAUGAAAAAGAAAGGAUUGCUUCAUUUCUGACAUCCAUCAUGUACAAUGUAUUUCCAUACUUGAGAAACCACAGUGCCCACAAUCUACCAAGUUUCCGAGCGGCUUCUCAAAUCCUCUCCAGUAUCAGUGGUUAUCAGUACACUCGAAAAGCUUGGCGUAAGGAGGCCUUUGAUCUGUUGCUAGAUCCAAGCUUCUUUCAAAUGGAUAUAAAAUGUUUGACACAUUGGAUCACUGUCAUUGAUAACCUCAUGACUCAUGACAAAACAACUUUUAAAGACCUCAUGUCCAGAGUUUCUAUCACACAGUCUGGCUCUUUAAAUUUAUUCAGCAGUAAAGAGCAAGAAUUUGAAUUAAGAGCUCAGAUGCUGAAACGAUUGUCUUUCACCAUUUUCUGUAGUGAACCAGACCAGUACCAGAGAAAUAUGCCUGACAUUCAGGAACGCCUGGCUGAAAGUUUACGUACACCCCAAGUGCCAUCAGUGAUGUCCCAAGUAUUCCUUUGUUUCCGUGUUCUUAUCUUACGGAUUUUUAUUUUUUUUAAUGUUUUCUGCUUUUGCCGUGUUUUGAUUUAUUUUGUUUUACUCUUCUUUUCUCUUUUUGUUAUUUUUCUCUCUUUUUUUGUUAUUUUUCUCUCUUUUUUUGUUAUUUUUCUCUCUUUUUUUGUUAUUUUUCUCUCUUUUUUGGUUAUUUUUCUCUCUUUUUUUGUUAUUUUUCUCUCUUUUUUUUUUUUUUUUUGGCUCUCUUUUUUUAUUUUUCUCUUUUUUUGGUUAUUUUCUCUUUUUUGUUUGGUUUUUCUCUCUUUGGUUUUUGUCUCUUGUUUUUUGUCUCUCUUUUUUUUUUUUUUUGGCUGUCUCUCUUUUGUUGUUUGUCUCUUUCCUUUCUAUUUGUUUUUUGAUGUUUGUUUUUUCUCUUUCUUUUUUCUUUUUUUUUUCCUUUUUAGUUUUAUCCUCCCUCCUUUUUUAGUUCUUUCUUUUUGUUCUUUUUUUUGUCGUUUGUUUUUCUUUCUUUUAGUUUUUUUCUUUUUUGUUUUUUCUUUUUGUUUUUUCUCGUUCUUUUUGUUUUUUCUCUUUUCUGCUUUUUGUUUUUAUCCUCCCUUCUUUCUUUUAUUCUUUCUUUUAGUUCUUUCUUUUUGUUCUUUCUUUUUGUUCUUUCUUUUAGUUCUUUCUUUUAGUUCUUUCUUUUUGUUCUUUCUUUUUGUUCUUUGUCUCUCUUGUUUUUUUUCUCUAUUUUUUGUAUUAUUGCGAGGGAGCAAAUUCAAUGAUCUUGUUUUUUCUUCUAUUUUUUCCUCUUUCUCCUUCUUCUCUCUCUCUCUCUCCCUAUUUUUUCUUUCUCUCUCUUCUCAACCUCUCUCUCUUCUCUUUUCCAGUCUCCUUUUCUUUUUCAUCAUAAUUCUUUCCUUCAGUUCUUUUUUCUCUUUUUCUUUUCUUUUUCUCUUUUUCUUUUCUUUUUCUCUUUUUCUUUUCUUUUUCUCUUUUUUUUUUCUUUUUCUUUUUCUUUUCUUUUUUUUUUUUUUCUUUUUUUUUUUCUUUUUCUUUUCUUUUUCUUUUCUUUUUUUCUUUUCUUUUCUUUUUUUUUUUUUUUUUUCUUUUCUCUUUUCUCUUUUCUUUCUCUUUUCUUUUCUUUUUUCUUUUUCUUUUCUCUUCUUACUUUUUCUUUUUUCUUUUUUUUUUUCUUUCUUUUUCCUUCUUUUCUUUUUUUUUUUUUCUUUUCUUUUCUUUUUUUCUUUUUUUUUUUUUUUUUUUUUUUUUUUUUUUUUCUUUUUUUUUUUUCUCCUGAGCUGCUGCAAAGGUUCCAGUUUGCCAUGUUUAAUUACAUUUGGUAAAGAAUUAUUCCUUUCUAUUGUGAAUUGUAUGCUUUCUCUCUUUCCAUGCAGUGUAUACAUCAAGACUCGUUCCAGAACCCAGCUGCAGAGAAUAGCUGCCCUUGAUUCCAGUUGGGCUCAUCUUGCCAAUGGACUGAACGCCCACAACAAUCCAAUUUGGUUACAGCUCUAUCUCAGUGUCUGCAAACUGCUUGACAUGGCCUUGGUUUUGCCUGCUGACGUCAUACCACAGUUUCAAUUAUACAAAUGGGCUUUUACUGGUGGGCCGAGUAUUGAUGAAGAUAAUGAUCUUGAAGGAGUUUUCUUUUGUAUUGAAGCUUAA